CAUCAUGAAUGCGACCGACAGCCAGCAGGUUAAUUCUUGGUUCUAUCUCUCCUGGCAGAGCAGCUCCGUUGACCACUUGCCGUUUCAGUCAGGGCCUUUCAAAGCUCAUCAAUUUCUCAUCGACGUAAGUAACACUAGCGUAGCCCACUCCUCUAAUCCGACAAAAGAGAGGCUGUUUCCCCUGAUGGCUUGCUUAUCUCCUCCAUCUACUUUCCCUCUCCAAGCUCAUAAUCUGGACUCAAAACCAACUGAAGAAUGGUUACUAUCUUCGCUCAAAUCUCCAAAAACUCCAAUGCAACUCAAAACAUUUCAUGCCCAUAUCAUCAAAACUAAUCUCACGCAAAAUGAUCUAAUUUUUGGACAACUUUUUUUAUGUUGUUCUAUUUCCAAUGCAAUGAACUAUGCCACUGAUAUCUUCUCAAAUAUUCGUAAACCAAAACUCUUCUUCUACAAUGCCAUGAUUAAAGGCUACUCACAAAAUGGGCACCAUUAUAAAGCCUUACAAAUGUACUCCCUCAUGCGCUCUCGUUCCGUUUCUUGCGAUUCUUUUACAUUUCCAGUUGUUUUAAGAUCAGUUUCAAGUCUUAAUGAAAUUCAGACUGGGAAAGAGUUGCAUGGGGUUGUUAUGAAAAUGGGUUUGUAUUCAAAACUGAUACUUCAAACUGCACUUAUUGAUAUGUAUUGUUCUUGCGGCUCAGCGGAUUCUGCACGUUUCAUAUUUGAUAGAAUUCUUGAAAGAGAUGUUAUUUGCUGGAAUACAAUGAUAGCUGGAUAUGUUAAAUGUGGGGAGUUUAAUAAAGCACGAGAGCUCUUCGAUCGGAGUCCUUCGAGGAAUGUAUCGUCUUGGAAUACUUUGGUCGAUAUGUAUUGCAAAACAGGGGAUAUUGAGAUUGCAAGGCAGUUUUUCGAUGAGAUGCCUGAAAAAGAUAUCAUAACUUGGAAUGCUAUGCUCUCAGGGUAUGCUAAGAUUGGAGAAUGUGAGUCUGCGAGGAAAUUGUUUGAUCAAAUGGUUAAGAGAAAUGUUGUUUCUUGGAAUGUUUUGAUUACUUGUCAUGUUCAUAAUCGACGGUUCUUGGAAGCACUGGAUUUGUUUAGAAUGAUGCAAGUUUCAGAUGUUAAGCCGAACGAAGUCACGGUUGUAUCCGUGAUUCCAGCUUGUGCUCAUCUAGGGGCACUUGAGCUAGGGAAGUGGAUUCAUGGUUAUAUUAACAGAAAUCAUAUUAAGAUGGAUGUCUAUGUUAACACUUCAUUGAUAGAUAUGUAUGGUAAAUGUGGAAAUGUCGAAGAAGCUAUAGGAGUUUUUGAUAAUGCAAAGGUGAAGGAUACGUUUUUGUUUAACACGAUGAUUGAAGUCCUGGCAAUGCACGGGAGAGCAGAAGUGGCAUUCAGGAUCUUCAUGUGUAUGAGAAGAGAAGGCCUAAAACCGAAUGAGGUCACUUUUAUUGGUCUCUUGAAAGCUUGUAGUCAUGUUGGCAUGGUAGAUACUGGACUAAAAUACUUUGAGAUGAUGAGAGAGGAGUUUGGUCUAACACCAAAGGUAGAGCAUUUUGGGUGCAUGGUUGAUCUUCUAGGGCGUGCGGGGCAUUUGCAGGAGGCCCAUGAGCUAAUAACGAAGAUGCCGAUGGAGCCUCAUCCAGUGGUAUGGGGAUCAUUACUUGGUGCAUGUAAGAUUCAUGGAAAUGUCGAGUUAGCAGAGGAAGUAGCACUUCGUCUUGUAGAAUUGGAGCCUCAAAGUUGCGGGAAUUAUGUACUGUUAUCAAAUAUAUACUCCAAGGCCGGUAGGUUUAAUGAGGCUGUAGAGUUAAGAAAGAUGAUGAAAGAAAAGGGUGUGAAAAAGCAACCUGGGUGCAGUUCGAUCGAGGUAAAUCAUGUUGUGAGUGAAUUCUUUGCAGGAGAUCGAGCUCAUCCCAAAUGCAAAGAGAUUUAUGAACAACUGGAUAAAAUGGUUAAGAGAUUGAAAGCCGAAGGAUAUGAACCUUGCAUCUCAUCUGCAUUGCAUGACGUGGAUAUGAAUGAAAAAGAGCAGACACUAGUACACCACAGUGAAAAGUUGGCUGUUGCUUUUGGACUUAUAAGUACCGAUAAUAGAACUCCGAUACGGAUUGUUAAGAAUUUGCGUGUUUGUGACGAUUGCCAUAUUUUUAUGAAGAUGGUCUCUAAGUAUUAUGAUAGGCAGAUGGUUAUCAGGGACUGCAGCCGUUUUCACCAUUUCAGUAAUGGGUCUUGUUCAUGUUCUGAUUACUGGUAACUGGUAUUAUAUCGUGCUCAACUUCAAACUAUCCAGAAUGACCAUUUGUAUAUUUAUUCUAAUGUAAUAGUAUCUGAACAACGGGUAGCCGGUAGCAUAUUACAAAAUGCGGACCCCGGUUUUUCUAUGCGAAUUUACCCAGUGUGUUAGGUGAUUUA